CUCUAUUCGCUAUUCAAAAUGGCGACGGUGUGGCGAACACAGUGCGCGUUUGCGCGGCUUUUUGCUGGAAAAACUGGACAAAUCCUGAACAACGCAACUUAUUUGGGUACAAAACUGACCCCGGGAUCACAAUCGGUUCUGGUAUCAAAGAAAUACUCAAAUUAUGCGCAUUCUCCGUUUGUCACGAGAAUAAAGGAGCAGUACGACUACGAAAUCGUCAAGAAGCCCCAGGAAUGGGAAUAUGUUGAAAGACUUUUGCCGUUUGAGACGCUACCCAAAGUUAACCUAAAAGACAGCUAUCCAUCGGGCUGGGUCCCGCCAAAAGAAGAGGCGCUCAACAAUCCUUAUUUCGUGCCAAGGAAUAAAUAUUCCGAUUUACCUAUAUUUUUGAAUAUAUCACAUAGAGGAAUGCGUAAAAUAUCUGUAAUCAAGAAGAUCGAGGGUGACAUCUGGAAAAUGAAUGAUGAACUCAAAGCGUACUUGAAGAUGAAGAAUAACAAGUUUGUACAGACGAGGGUUCAUGAAGUGGGAAGAUUCAUAGAAACCAAAGGAGACUAUGUGAACGAUAUACAAGAAUGGGCACUAGCUAAAGGUUUCUAAAAAUUUUAUGUAGAUUAGAUUGAAUAAAUUUUGUUUAGAAUA